AUGCGGAAAUUAUUUGCAAACGAGGCAAACGUCGUCGUUUACCUCAAUGAUAUCUGCGUUCAUUCAAAAACAGAGGAGGAACACGGUCAGCACUUGGAGAGGUGCGUGAGAAUCCUACAGAACGCGGGACCGUCACUCAAUGUCCAAAAAUGCGUGUUCUUCAAGAAAAAUGUGGAGUUCUUGGGGUUCAACGUCAAGGAAAGCGAAAUUCGCCCCACCGAUUCCAAAUUGAAGAUUUAUGAGUUGGCCAAGAGUCAGGUUACUCAAGAUAAACUAAUUCAAGAGAUCGAUGAGGUUAUGUCUAAAUUAGCUGAAGAUCAGGAUUUCCCGGAUUAUAACACGAUUCAAACUAUGCCUUACUUGGACUCGGUUCUUCACGAGACUUUACGGCUCCACUGUCCACUACCAUUUAUAAACCGCAAUAAUUCCCGUGAUUACAAGAUCCCUGGACAUGAUGUGGUGAUUCCCAAGGGAACUGAUGUUUAUGUGAUGGCCUACAGUAUCAUGCGAGACGAUAGGUACUUUGAUCAACCGAAUGAGUUCAAUCCAGACAAUUUCUCUAAAGCCGCAAAGGAGAAGAGAAGUCCAUAUGCGUAUAUUUGCCUUUGGCAAGGUCCACGAGCUUGUAUUGGAAUGAGAUUUGCACUCCUGGAAGCCAAGGUUGGCUUGGUUUCUGUACUUACAAAGUAUCGGAUCAAGGCUUGUCAAGACACACCUCAACACGUUAUUAGGGACAACUUUACUCUCCUAGGCAAUCCGCGAGAUAAACUUUGGGUUGCUAGUGAGGCACAGUAAUAAGAUAAAAAGUGAUAUAUAUUUGAUAUGAAACUAAACGUCAUAAUAGAAGUCACUGUAAUAAUUGACGCACUCAUGAAGUCGAAAAUAUACUGUAAACUGAACAAACUUGAAGUGCUGUGCAGGGCGUUAAAACACGGUGAUACCCACCACACUUCCGAGGAGUUGACUCAAAUGACAAGAAUUCUAGUCGAUUUUUUU